UGUGAUUGCAAUCACGCAGCCUUCCUCAAUCCUCACCAUCUCUACCUCUCUAUCUCUCUCUCUCUCUCUCUCUCUCUCUCUCUCUUCCUGUGUUGAAGAAAAUGGGUUCCUGUAGUAUGGUGGCUUUUGUAGCUGUGCUUCUGGUAUUGCUACCCAUGACUUCACUAGGGUCAAGUGAUACAUCUCCUCUUGAUGAUUUUUUGGGAAGGGUGUGUGAAGAUGUGGAAUGUGGAAAGGGAAAUUGCUCAGCUGAUUUAAGCUACCCACUUGGCUUCAAGUGUGAAUGUAAUACUGGCUGGAAGCGAACCCGUGACGAAGAUGACGAUCUCACUUUUCUUCCCUGUGUCAUACCUAACUGUACUCUUGACUACGGCUGCCAGCCAGCCCCUCCUCCAGUCCCAGAGAAGGAGAUUCCUCGCAAUCUCUCAGCCUUUGACCCCUGCUACUGGGCAUAUUGCGGAGAAGGGACAUGCACGAAGAACAAGACGCAUACACAUACAUGUGAAUGCAACUCGGGUUUCUUUAAUCUUCUAAACGUCUCCGCCUUCCCAUGCUACAGUGAAUGUACACUUGGAUCUGAUUGUUCAAGGCUUGGGAUUACAGUUGCAAAAACUUCUGCGGAUGGAUCUGGGGGUAGUACUGGUCAAGGUACCUCGUUUCUACCAGGAAAGUUCCAUUGGAUGGCUACACUGAUGGUGAGCUUGGGUAUAGCUAUGUGGAAGUAGGUUAAAUGCAUGCAAAGUAUUGGAUGAAGAUAGAAUAACUGCUUACGGCUACAGUUUCAUCAUACGACCUGAUUUUGAGAUACAUAUAUACAUGAUAUUAUAUAGACAGAUUAAUAUAUAUUCAUUAAUUUGGCCCUUCGUUUGUUUACUGCAUUAAUAUUCCCCUGUUUUUCUUUUAUUUUUUUAGUGUACAAAGUUUGUUUGAAUAGUUCAAAGCACAGUCAUCAGCACUGUUGUGUGUAGAACAUUAUUGUAGAAUAAAAUUUAUUGAGUAUGGGCA